CAGAUGAACGGUAAUCUGAUUGCGUAUACUUGUAUUAAAUUUGCACAGCUGUUACCAAUUUUCUCGUGAUCAGUUUACCAUGUUGCAAAAAUUGGCUAUGUUCAAUUCAUAAAUUUUCUAACCGACUCCAGAUGUCAUUUGUUCAUGUGCCCAUCAGAUGCCAUUCUCCUGAACGUGUGGCACACGGAGUGGUGCGUACGGGAUCGAGCGCCUAUGAAAUGAAAUCCCUUUUAUAUCGCGCUGUGGCUGCACUGUCUGCACUCUGCACAUUGAUGGAUGUGGAUGGCAUCGGCAAAUGUUGUUGUGGUUGUUAUGAUCCCACCGUGUCGCUGCUGCAACCUGUUUUAUGAAUUAUUAUGGUUUAUACCUAAUUUAUGAAUGAACAUCCGGAUGGCAUUCGAAAUGCCUAAUCACACCGGAAUACCGUAGUUUCACACGACGGAUGCAAUUCUGCAUGUUUCUGCACCAUUUAUUUCUACGGGAGAUUGUUUUUCGUGUACGGUGUGCUGGCUAGCCUGGCUGAACAACAGAUGGUCGCGCUCCUAUUUUCAUUCAUGAAAUUGUAUGCAUUUCCCAGAAUCGGACGAUAACUGCGGAGCAGGGUGAGGAAAGAGACUUGCCUCGAUGUGCAAAGCAGUUUAACGUCUUGGUUUUUAUUGCAUUGUUGAUCAAAGAGGAAAAGUGGAACGAUGAAGAAGCUAACGUUUCGGAGUAUGCUGGAUAAUUUGCGAUCGUCGGUAGCUGGGGUUGCUGAUGCAGUGACUGGUGCCAAUAAAUUCGACAUUGAUCCAGAUGAAAAUGUUCGCCCGCAGGAUUUUGCAUUUGCCGAGGUCUCCCGACACGGCUUCCCACAGGACCCGACGACCAUGGCACUGGAGCCGGUACAGAGGAUACUGGCGAUCGGCACACGGCAUGGCCUCAUCCGACUAAUUGGACGGCCGGGUGUUGAUUAUCUUCUUAAACCUCCAUCCGGCGGCUCGGAGCAGGCCGGCGCCGAGCGGGAUGCACUGUUGGGCAACGCAUCCGGAUCCCAUUUUCCCAAUGCCAUUGUACAAAUUGCUUUUCUUGUUAAUGAGGGAACAUUUGUCAGUUUAACGGCCAAUAGUUGGCUGCAUUUAUGGAAUUAUAAAUCCAGCAAGCCGGAUAUCGUGCAAUCGUUGGAGUUUCAAAAAGAGGCCUUAACCGUCUGCCACGUUCCUUACCAGAGUAAAUGGCUGUUUGCCGGCACCGACAAGGGUAAUGUGCAUAUUGUACAAGUGGACACGUUUUCCCUCUCAGGCUACAUCAUCAAUUGGAACAAAGCUAUGGAACUCACUAGCCGUAGCCAUCCGGGCAAGGUCAUACAUUUGAGUGACUGUCCUCAUGAUAAUAACAAAUUGCUCAUCGGAUUUGAAACGGGUUUAAUAACUCUGUGGGAUCUGAAAACAAAAACCGCCGAACUGCGCUUCCAAGCUUCCGAGACACUUUGCCAUAUAUCUUGGCAUUUCGAUGGCAAACAGUUCGUGAGCAGCCAUGCUGAUGGCACAUUAGCUGUUUGGAAUGUUAAAGUUCCCGGAAAACCGACUUCCAUUACAUCGCCACAUUCUCGUCGUUCCAAAGAUGAUCCCGUUAUUCCCAUCGCGCAAGUCGAGUGGAAGAAACACAAGUCAGGGUCUGAGCCGCUUCUUCUUUUCUCUGGUGGAGUUUCCUUUGAACAGAAAAACGAAAAACUCAGGAAUAUUAAAACGCAGACCAUGACGAUCAUUCAUGGUAAAAGCACAACGGUGCUGGAAAUGGAACAUCCCAUCGUGUGCUUCCUUUGCAUACCAGCACAGCCUUGGAUUCCAGAGGGUUAUGAUAACGAGGCCGUGAUGGUGCUGCUGGAGAACGAUUUAGUGGCGAUCGAUCUCGUCACUCCCGGGUAUCCACUCUAUGAAAAUCCUUAUCCAAUGGAUCUCCACGAACCCACGCUACUGCACUGCCAUUACGUCGCUGAUUGUCCCACGGAUAUUAUUCCCACACUGUAUACGGCCGGGGCGAAACAUAAAAAAUCCAAUUUUACAAACAAGGACUGGCCGAUUGAUGGUGGAGUAUGGGCCACAUCCGCCAUGGGCUAUUCGGAUUUUUUAUUGACAACUCACCAUGAGGGCACUAUCCGUUUUUGGGAUGUCUCAUCAGCGGCCCUACAACAUCUCGACCGGCUGAAGAUAUCCAAGAUCUUCGAGAGGAUCAAGAAGGGAUCGUUUAGUGUGGAGCCGGUUGAGAAUGCCGGGAAGAAGAAGUCAGAGCCGUUGGUGGGAAAAUCUUCGUCAUCUCUAUUGGAUGGGCCGUUUGAGAUCCAAAUGGUCACCCUGGAUCCCGAGUGCCGGUAUCUGGCUGUGGCCUGCGUGGGUGGAUUGGUGAUACUAUACUUGUGGAAUAAGCAGGAGGUGUCGUCCGAGAUUUCGGUACUGGAGAUUGCGAUCCAUUACAAUUCCCACGAGAAUUCCACCGUCGAGCCGCCGCCGCCAUCCAGCACAACUAGCCAGACAACGUCUCCGCCCGUUUCAUCAGCCAGCGCCGGAGGCCAGAAUUCGCUGGACAAGCCGGAGAAUAAUGGGCAUGCUGCACUGUCGUCGCCGCAUCCGACCCGCCGUAUCAAAGUCAAGCCGGGUACACAUCGCCGCGCAGCCGGAUAUCAGCCGGUACUGGUCUGCUUCACCCAUACCAAGUCUUCCGCAACGUCCAACGAUCUGGAUACACAUCCGGCCACCUCCUUGAUCACCAGCCUGGCUGUAUCAGCUAAAUAUGGACUGUUGGCCAUCGGAAAUGAAAUUGGACUGGCUGUGAUUGACAUUAUUCAAAAGCAUUGUGUGAUGAGCAUUGGAACACCGGAUUUGUAUGGCUCCGGGGAUCCGUACAAUCGUGGUUCAAAAUCGCCAAAGAAUGAGAAAGCUUCCCUUCCCGGAAACGACCAGUCGUGGGAUCCGAUAAGUGAUCGCCAGCUGCCCACCACCUCCCCCAAACAUCGUCCCUCGUCCAGCGCGGCCGCAGUGGAGAAAACAGAGUUAUCCCGAUCGCGAAGCUCCAGUUCGUCGGAAGUGGAUGUUGUCACGUCGGAAGCUAUUUUAUUUUUGAAAUUCGCAGAUACAUACGGAAAAAAAUCGGAAGGGAUAAUUUCUCCCUGCCUAUGGAUUGGGACGGCACUCGGUUCGGUUCUCGUACUGACCUUCCAGGUUCCAGGUUGCUCCUCAUCCGUGGAUCCUUCCCAGCCCCAGCAAACCCAACGGCUGUCCCAACCUGUGAUUGGAACACCUACUGGAACACUUUUCCGGUAUAAUAACAGCGGAGCAGUAAUAACCAUCGGAUUCCUGGAUGCCCGUGGUGCCAUAUUAGGUGAUUCCAAUAUAUCACCGCCUCCUUCCGCCAGCUCAACAAAGGACGAUCCUAAAUCUUCCGCUCGCCCGAGUGAUGCUAACGCCGCGGCCAUUCCACCCUUGGCCAAUCUCCUGGCCGACUCCCGGCACAUUCUUGUGAUAUGUAUGGAACGACAGAUCCGCACAUUUAUACUGCCCCAUCAAGGACUGUAUCAGAAGCUCAAAUUAACAGAUCAAAAUAGCAAUAAUAAUAACACAUUCCUCAAAGCGUCCGUAGAAAGGAUCAAAGAUAACGCCUGCAUCUUUACCUAUAUGUCCGCCGGAAGGAUUGCAGUAUUCUCCUUGCCCACCCUCAAACCGCUACUCGAUGUUAAUGUAUCGCAGCCUAAUGACUUAAGAAUGGCGCGGACAUUGUCGUUCAGCGAACACGGCAAUGCUGUGUACUUGGUAACCAAAUCCGAACUACAAAAAGUGACGUUCGCCGCAGAGACAGCUGCAUGUCUGAAUCAAUUGAGUGGUUGCCUGUAUUCCACACGGGAAGUAGUGGAAACAUCGUCGAAACCGUCCGUCGUCCCGUCUGUUGGCUUCUUCAAGGGAUUAAUGAGCACGGUAUCCACUGUGCCCACCCUGAGUCCUGCCGAACAGCUUGCCAAGGACCGUGAGGAAUUAUUUGGGGACGCCGCUGGGAAAGGAUCGCGCGCUCUGGCCCGCCAUGUUCCUGGUACAUCGGCCAUCGACCAAGCACGCAUCAGCAGUCAGGGAGCAACCAGUGAAAUUUCCAGAGCUAAAAUGUUGGCUUUGGAGCGCGGUGAGAAACUGUCGGAGCUGGAGGAUCGCGCUGAGCAGAUGCGAAUGCAGGCGGAAGCCUUUGCGGGGAAUGCGCACCAACUGGCCAGUAAAUAUAAGGACAAAAAGUGGUAUAAGAUGUAACUUGUUGCGUUCCUCUGGUCCUCAUACGAAAAAGUUCGGAUGUGGGUUAUUUGAUGUCGAUCCGGUGGAACUCUGUGACUGGUUAUAAUUGCACUGGUUGGAUUUAAAUUGGGAACUUCAGUAUAAUUUUGUGAUUUGUCAGAUUUAAUUAAUGCUGGUUUAAAGAACACCGGUGAUAUUGUACAACUGUACCGUGUACAUAUCUCGCGGGAAUAUAUUAUGGCACUUCCGCUGCGUGAAAAUAAAGUUGAUAUGCAGAUUGA